GGUUUCACCAUCACAAAGACCAACACAAAUCACAGUUGUAGCCACUCAAUCAACAACUCCAGGACAAGCUACAACAUCUGCAACAAGGCAAUCAACACAAGAAAUCUCCAGUACUCAUGUUACUACACCAAAUAUUGCCACAUCUCCACAAACUCCCAUGUCCACAACAACAGCAUCCACAGCAAUGUCAACUCCAUCCAUGACAACUACAACAGAGACAACUACAAUAUCAGUACAAUCAACACCAUCUGCAGAAACAGGAGUAACAACAACAAGCUCUGUAGUACCAACAACAGAUCAACAAAAUGAAGCAACAUCUGUCACAACACCAUCACAAAUCACUUCAACACAAACUACAUCAUCUGUAACAACACUGCCACAAACUAUAGCUGAUGAAACAACAGAGAGAGGAUCAACACAGAUUAUGGCUGUAACCACACCAUCAACAGUGACAGAAUCAGUUACAUCACAAACAUCAACAACGGUAUCAUUAACUGCAGUGCCAACCACAGCUACAAAACAAAGUGCAGGAUCAACAACAAUUCACAGCACAACACCAACACAAAGUGGAUCAUUGACUACGUCAGCACAAACUACAUCAUCUGUGGCAACGGCAUUCACUACACAAACUGUAUCCACAACUGCAACUAUACAAUCUAUUCCACCCACAAUAGAAACAUCAAUAUCAACACAAACUACAACAUCCAUGGUUUCACCAUCACAAAGACCAACACAAAUCACAGUUGUAGCCACUCAAUCAACAACUCCAGGACAAGCUACAACAUCUGCAACAAGGCAAUCAACACAAGAAAUCUCCAGUACUCAUGUUACUACACCAAAUAUUGCAGCGUCUCCACAAACUCCCAUGUCCACAACAACAGCAUCCACAGCAAUGUCAACUCCAUCCAUGACAACUACAACAGAGACAACUACAAUAGCAGUACUAUCAACACCAUCUGCAGAAACAGGAGUAACAACAACAAGCUCUGUAGUACCAACAACAGAUCAACAAAAUGAAGCAACAUCUGUCACAACACCAUCACAAUCCAUUUCAACACAAACUACAUCAUCUGUAACAACAGUACCACAAACUACAGCUGAUGAAACAACAGAGAGAGGAUCAACACAGAUUAUGGCUGUAACCACACCAUCAACAGUGACAGAAUCAGUUACAUCACAAACAUCAACAACGGUAUCAUUAACUGCAGUGCCAACCACAGCUACAAAACAAAGUGCAGGAUCAACAACAAUUCACAGCACAACACCAACACAAAGUGGAUCAUUGACUACGUCAGCACAAACUACAUCAUCUGUGGCAACGGCAUUCACUACACAAACUGUAUCCACAACUGCAACUAUACAAUCUAUUCCACCCACAAUAGAAACAUCAAUAUCAACACAAAAUACAACAUCCAUGGUUUCACCAUCACAAAGACCAACACAAAUCACAGUUGUAGCCACUCAAUCAACAACUCCAGGACAAGCUACAAUAUCUGCAACAGGGCAAUCAACACAAGAAAUCUCCAGUACUCAUGUUACUACACCAAAUAUUGCAACAUCUCCACAAACUCCCAUGUCCACAACAACAGCAUCCACAGCAAUGUCAACUCCAUCCAUGACAACUACAACAGAGACAACUACAAUAGCAGCACUAUCAACACCAUCUACAGAAACAGGAGUAACAACAACAAACUCUGUAGUACCAACAACAGAUCAACAAAAUGAAGCAAUGUCUGUCACAACACCAUCACAAUCCAUUUCAACACAAACUACAUCAUCUGUAACAACAGUACCACAAACUACAGCUGAUGAAACAACAGAGAGAGGAUCAACACAGAUUAUGGCUGUAACCACACCAUCAACAGUGACAGAAUCAAUUACAUCAACACAAAGUGGAUUAGUGACUACAUCAACACAAAAUACAACAUCCAUGGUUUCACCAUCACAAAGACCAACACAAAUCACAGUUGGAACCACACAAUCAACAACUCCAGGACAAGCUACAAUAACUGCAACAGGCAUCCACAGCAAUGUCAACUCCAUCCAUAACAACUACAACAGAGACAACUACAAUAUCAGUACAAUCAACACCAUCUACAGAAACAGGAGUAACAACAACAAGCUCUGUAGUACCAACAACAGAUCAACAAAAUGA